AUGUCUUUAUUCUAUGCUCCCCAGGCGGAUCUGGAAGAGGAAAUAUGCCACGACUUGACCGAGUCACAGGAAUUCGGGGACGCCAGUGAACAUGCUCCCCAGGCGGAUCUGGAAGAGGAAACAUGCCACGACUUGACCGAGUCACAGGAAUUCGGGGAUGCGAGUGAACAUGCUCCCCAGGAGGUUUUGGAAGAGGCAACAUGCCACGACUUGACUGAGGAAUUCUGGGACGCAAGUGAACACG